AUGUCAACGGAGAGACGUUCUUCUUCCUCCAAUCCCAUGACCAACGAAGAGAACGCUAUGUUUCUUGACAUAUUACACGAAGCACCAUUAUUCGGUCACAGGAAAUCCAGAAGCCUUGUUGGAAGUUACCUCUAUAUGAUUCUAUUGGCAGGCUAUGCUAUUUUAGCUGCAGGAGCUCCUUGGAUAUUUCACCAAGUCCAGCUUUUGACACCUUCGUUGCUCUGCUGCUGCGAUGUUGCGCUUUUGGUUGUUACAGGUAUCUUUCAACAAUACUUUGUUUUUCAAGUCCAGAAAAUACGUCUUCAGGGUUAUUACAGUUUCAGCCAGAAGUUGAAGCAUGUUGUUCGUCUGCCAUUUGCCAUCGCUGCAUAUGGGACUGCUGCGAUGCUUAUGGUGAUAGUAUGGGACCCCCAAAUCCGCAUUCUUCCUACUGCUGCUUUACAAAGGAUCAUCAUGUUGGUUGAAGCAGUGUGCGCUGGCUUCUUCAUGAGUUUAUAUAUUGGUUACGUGCACCAAUACAAUUCGGUUAAUUCCCGGCCAGACGUCUUGAAGUCAUUAUAUUCUCCUCUUCAGCCGUCAAGUUCUAUGGAAGGUUUGAGGUAUUAUGAAGGUCGUCUUUCUGAUCAACAAACGGCUCUGUUACAAUAUCAGCGUGAGAAUCUCCAUUUUCUAAGCGAGGAGAUUCUGAGUUUGCAAGAGAAACUAAGCAAAUACGAACAAUCUGAUGAUGGAAGCACACCUCAGGUUGAUCUCGCACAUCUUUUAGCUGCUCGGGAUCAAGAGCUGAGGACACUUUCAGCUGAGAUGAAUCAGCUUCAGUCUGAGCUACGGCUUGCUCGUUCUUUGAUAGCAGAGAGAGAUGCAGAUGUGCAGCGUGUCAGCAAUACAAACAAUCAGUAUAUUGAAGAAAACGAAAGGCUAAGGGCGAUUUUGAGCGAAUGGAGCAUGCGUGCAGCAAAUCUUGAGAGAGCUUUGGAAGUGGAGCGGAUGUCGAACUCGGAACUACAGAAGGAAGUCGCUGCUGAGCGUAGAAAGCAGAUUCGGGAGACACCUGAGCAACCUCAACUGUAA